AUGGCAACGCCGCACGUGGCUGGAGUUGCUGCGCUGUUGUGGAGUUUCAAGCCAGAAGCAACGGCCACAGAGAUUCUGCGAGCCAUUGAAGAUUCCGCCGUUGAUCUUGGGGACGUUGGGCGUGACGACUACUAUGGCCACGGGCUUGUCAAUGCCAAGGAGGCUCUUAUCCACUUGAAUGGAGGUCCACUUGCAGAGCCUGCGGGAGGGUUGGGUGUUGCCAGCAGUGUCGCAAUUCAAAGAGUCCCAACGACAACGUCUUCCUCCUUAGAGAAUGAGUGCGAUGAAAGUGAGGUACCGUUUGGACUCACCAUCAAGACAGACUUCUACGGUGAAGAGACAUCUUGGGAGCUCAUCGAUACGUUGGAUCCCUCGAACGUGGUUCUGUCUGGUGCCGAUUUCGAGGACUCGAAGACGUACGAAUGGCACAAGUGCAUCCCCGCAAACUGCUACACAUUUGUGAUCAAGGAUAGCGCCGAAGACGGGUUGUGCUGCGACUACGGAUCGGGGAGCUAUUCCGUUUCCUUUGGAGGACAGGAGAUUGCCAAGAGCGAUGGGGUAUUUGCAUCGCGUCAAGCGGAGAAUCGAUUCGAAUUGGUCAAGCUGUCAGCGGCAGGCUCCAGUCCCGAGAAGAUUUGGGAUCAUUCUAGCUUCUCUGAAAGCGAGACAUAUGAAUACUCAACAUGCCAAGAUCCCGCUGGCUGUUACGAGUUCAUUCUUUGGGAUUCUUUUGGAGAUGGGCUAUGUUGUCGGUAUGGUGAUGGAAGUUUCAAACUGUCCUAUGACGGUGACAUUGUCGAAGAAUCUGAUGGUUCCUUUGGCCACAAAGUUCAAGUGGAGCUUGGGAGUGGAUGCUGA